AUGUCAUUUAGAGUGGUAAGAAGCAGCAAGUUUCGUCAUGUUUAUGGUUCUGCUCUUAAGAGGGAACAAUGCUAUGACAAUAUAAGAGUAUCAAAGUCUUCUUGGGAUUCAACAUUUUGUUGUGUCAAUCCUAAAUUUUUAGCUAUCAUUGUAGAAUCAGCUGGUGGUGGUGCUUUUAUCGUUUUGCCUUUGAAUAAGGUUGGAAGAAUAGCAGCAGAUUAUCCUUUGGUAGGAGGUCAUAAAGGCCCAGUACUUGAUAUUGCUUGGUGCCCUCAUAAUGAUAAUGUAAUCGCAUCAGGCUCAGAGGAUUGCGUUGUUAAAGUUUGGCAAAUUCCAGAUAAUGGACUAUCUCGUACUUUGACGGAGCCAGUGGUCGAUUUAAUUUAUCAUCAAAGAAGAGUCGGGUUAGUUUUGUGGCACCCUACUGCUAAAAAUGUUCUUUUAACUGCAGGGUCGGACAAUCAAGUACUUAUAUGGAAUGUUGGAACGGGUGAAGUUUUAGUUGAAAUAGAUUGUCAUCCGGAUAUUGUUUAUAGUGCUUGUUGGAAUUGGGAUGGCUCACAACUUCUUACCACUUGCAAAGAUAAGAAAAUAAGAUUGAUUAAUCCUCGUACUGGAGCUGUUGAAGAGGAAGCAGUCAGUCAUGAAGGUUCGAAAGCUGCCAGAGCAAUUUUUUUGAAAAGUGGACUUAUAUUUACAACUGGUUUCAGUAAAAUGUCUGAACGUCAAUAUUCUCUAAGGGCGCCUGAACAUCUAAAUGAACCUAUUGUUAUGGUGGAACUUGAUACAAGCAAUGGAGUAAUGUUUCCAUUGUAUGAUGUUGAUACAAAUCUAGUCUAUUUAUGUGGCAAGGCUGAUUUAUUCCACGAAGAUUUAUAUCCUGAUACUUUGGGAGAUGAACCCGCAAUCACCGCCGAAGAAUGGAUAGGAGGUACCGACGCAGAACCUAUUUUAAUAUCAUUGAAAAAUUGUUCUGUUGCUCCAAGUAGCAAAAAAUCGGAGCUUACCGUGACCAAAAAAACAAACGUAUUAGACAAAGUCCCACCAAAAGCUCCAAAAUCAAGUCACCAAAGCUCAGGAGUUUCUGACGAUGUUAUAAAACAAUUUCAAGAAGAAAUUAGAAAAUUAAAAGCGAUUAUAGUUAAACACGAAAAUCGUAUCAGAGCUCUCGAAGCUCGACUUCCUGCUCAAUCCAACGAAGAGGAUGAUAAUAACGGUUCAUCAAACAAAACAUCUGGGAAAAUGAAAACAAACGACAAUGAACAGGAAAGCGAAUUGGGACCGGAUGAAGUGUAA